UCGGUUCGUUCUCACGGUGAAAAGCGGUGGAAGUGGAAGGUCCUGUUCGGAGGACAACCUCAAUACGCCACUCACACACGCACAAGUGGGCCCACACACACGGACACGGGUGCGGUAGUCGAAAGUAAAAGUUGUCCAAUGUGCAAUAACGGUAAAUAAUAAAUGAGCCAAUGUGAGAUAUAGGCACGCAAUGUGAAAAAAAAAAAAUAAUGGAAAUGCGAAAAAAUAAAAAUAGAGAGCUGCGUGCCAGGAUGCAAAAUCAAAUAUGCAACACUCAAGUGAAACGGAAAUCCAUAAAUAAAGUGUGCGGAAGUGCCAGCGUAUAUUUAAAUACCAAACUGAAAUGCUAAGCUAAAAAAAGAAACCAAACUAAACUUAGAACACACACCUGCCCAUCUGAUCCUUCAACUCAAUUCUCACCUGCCAAGGCCACACGGCGGUUGUGGAAUAUUAAUAUACAUUCAGCGGACGCACACAAAAAAUAUUUUUCAACUUUGUUUUCAGUUUGUUUAGACCCUCAAGGUCGCCCAGGAAUACAACUUUAACGUGGAACAAGAAUUUAAGAAAUAAUUAUGUAAUAUACUUUGUGUUUCCUUUUUAAAUUUCGCGGAAAAUGUUACGAUUUUCCCUCUUCUGAACUUUUGCCUUUGAACGGGUUUUUUCUUUCGUAGCUCCCUUCGGGCCCAUAAAUUAGGGUCGCAUUCUGUUUAACCAAAAAUAUUUGCAUAAAAUGGGAAAAAGGGCGAGAAAUGGUUUAAAUACAGGAUUCACACGGCUGAGAUAUCCAACACAUGAAAAAAGGGGGCCAAUGAAACAAUUUUACGGGGAUUGAGGGGUGGAGAUAACGCAAAGAUUAAAGACCCAUUUUUUUUAGCAGAUAAAAAAAAGUGAGACUAAGAGCAGAGAAAAUUUCAAGGUUCAUAAACAUUGAAUAAGCCUAAGUUCAGUUUAAAUUCAAUUAAUCAACAUAAAGCCACCACAAACCAGGAAAUCAACGGACAAGCUGCGGGGUGAGGCAGUGGAAUCCUGGCAUCCUGCAAUCCUGGAUGGACAGCAAUCGGCUAAUGAUGAUGAAGUGAAAUUGUGUUCGAGCCGAAAUUAAAUAGAAUAUAAAUCGCCGGAAAAAUGGCGGCGAUUUGUCAGCCUCUGUCGAGCAGAACAAAUGCAAAGUAGUUUUACAACUAAGAGAAGGAUAUUUUACGAAAGGCCAUAUCCUAGCGAGAAUUCCGGAAGUGGAUUUUCUUUUUUGGCUUGUUGUUGCGGCAAUUUCACGCAUCGCGGCAAAAUGAUGAUGACGGCAGGCGCUAAUCAGGCCGCCCCCAGCCACGCCCCCCAGUUAUUCCGCAAACACAUUUUCAAAUAGAUUUCCGAGGAAAAAGGAGAAAACAGGAAAAAGGGAAAACCCAAAGGGAGCGUAGGGGUGGCACCACGCUCGCAAGUGAAAUAUUAUGGCAACUUUUCAAAUGGAAAUGCGCCAGCAGCAGCAGCAACGAACGAAUUUAAAGCAACGAGCAGCGGCACCGGCAACAUCCAAAGCCAGGCGACAACGACAACAUCUGGAGCUGGAGCCCUCAGACCCACCACAAUUCAGCACGGAUUGCAUAAGACUUUGGCCAGGAAGUGGCUCCUCCACCGCUGACAGGGUCACCAGCAAUCCACUCACCUGCAACACCACCACCAGCAGCAGCUACAUCAGCGGAUCCAGCAGCAACAUCAUCCGCCACGUGGACUACUGCAGCCGCCAAAGAGCGCUGAUAAUGCUCAGCAUGCUAGUUGUCGUCAUCGCCCUGAUAUCUGGCAAUGGAGUUUCCGCCGCUCAGCGUGACUCGUACAAAUCGAAGGAUGUGAGCAGCAGUAACAAUGCCCUGCCCAACGAAGGAGUGGGAGGAUCUUCCGCUGGAGUGGACGAGGCAGUUGGACCCACUGGUGUUGCUGGAAGCGGAAGCGGAAGCGGCAACAAUAGCAGCGGAAAUAACAAAAAUGGCCAGGCAUCUGGCGGAUCGGAUCGGCCAGCCUCAGAAUCCGGGGCGAUGACAACCGAUGCCAGUCGGAGCUCCGUUGCCAGCUCCACCACCGUCAUGGGCAUCCCCAGCAGCAGCCUGCACAAGGCCAGCAGCGGCAGCAGCAACACGUUCUCGUCCCAGAUUGCAUCCGGCUUCCAUCGCAACAGCAUCGACCUGCUGGAGGAGGCCCGCAAUGCGGGUCCCUACUUCGACAAGGCCUUCUCCAAGAACGUCACCGCCCUGCUGGGCAAGACGGCCUAUUUGAACUGCCGCGUCAAGAACCUGGGCAACAAGACGAUGUUGCUUCAGGUGUCGUGGGUGCGACAUCGGGAUAUACAUUUGCUCACAGUUGGCCGAUACACAUACACGUCGGAUCAGCGCUUUCGAGCUAUUCACCAGCCGCAAACCGAAGACUGGAUGCUGCAAAUCAAAUACCCGCAACAUCGCGAUUCCGGCAUUUACGAGUGCCAGGUAUCGACUACACCCCAUAUGAGUCACUACAUUCACUUAAACGUCGUUGAACCAUCAACAGAAAUCAUCGGGGCACCCGAUUUGUAUAUAGAAAGUGGUUCUACUAUAAAUCUUACCUGCAUCAUACAAAAUUCACCGGAGCCGCCAGCUUAUAUCUUCUGGAAUCAUAAUAAUGCUAUUAUCAACUAUGAUUCGCCGCGUGGAGGAGUCUCCGUGGUCACCAAUAAAGGCGAUACGACCACAUCGUUCCUCCUAAUUAAAUCGGCGCGUCCGUCGGAUUCGGGGCAUUAUCAGUGUAAUCCAUCAAAUGCAAAGCCCAAAAGCGUUACGGUACAUGUGCUCAAUGGUGUUUCCCAUUCCGUUUCCAGGGGAGUUCCCAGCAGCAAUGCAGCACGCGGCACCAGUGCAUCCUCGUCCCUCGCCCACUCGCUGUCUGUUUGUGUACCUGUUUGUGUGCUUCUGCAGCUGGGCGCUUGCAGGUGGAUCGCUGCGCUCCUGGGCGCCGCUCUUGCCACGCCCCCUGCAACGUCGGGCUGUUCGCCACUCUUUGGCGACAUGCGGCAUUUCUCCGCGAGCGUUUUGAGGUGGCGAUGGCGAAUGCGAUGGUGUUGGCGCUGGCAUUGGAAAAGUACACAGCUGCAACAUCAGCAGGCGCAACAGCAACAUCAGCUGUCCCAGCAGCAACAUCAGCAGUCCCAUCAGCAACAUCGGCUACUGAAACUACAAUCAAGAAAGGAGGCGGCAACGUGUAGACAACUUUUCGAGGCGGACAUAAGGUGAGCUCAACGCCCAACACCCUCCUCAAGGCCACUCUAAACUCAACCGUAAGCUGUAACUAUAAUAACUAUAAAGUAUACAUACAACAUACAACAACUCUAAUGGCUAUUGCGUUUUUCUAUGAAUCAGCGACGUAUACGUAAUAUUUAGCACAAAGCAGAAAAAUAAAUAUACCUAACUAUAGAAAAAAAAACCGAACUCAAGCCAUGUUGUCGCCUUUUUUUAUGUACGACUUUGUAUCAUACAAUGAAGCUAUCUAAGUCUUUGGUUCCCUUAAAAUUGGAAAUUGUGUAAAUAGGCUGCAUAGCAUACCUAGAGGCGCUUUUUUCGAUCGACUCUUUCCAACCUUUGUAACUUUUAUAGUCGAAAUCCAAGCAGAAGGAAAUCUUUAGAAAGCUGCUCAACACUGCAUUAAAAACGAAAAUAAAAAGCAAAAGAAAAUAUUUUCUAGCAAAUACCAGAACAGCAAACGCUUCUCGACUGCCACUUUGCGACUGUUCCCUCGAAGGCAAAGGGAAAUUUUCAUUUGCAUUUUGCGAAAUCCUAAUAGACAGAUAAAUGUUCAACCGAAAGGCAAUUAGCAAAACGCAAACUAAAAACAUUCAACUUCAAGUACAGGCUAUAGAAAAACGAAAAAAAAAUAACUAGAAAUUAAUGCGAAAAAAACUGUGUAAAAUAUAAAAGAAACUUAAACCCAAAAGGGGAAAUUUAGCUACAAGUUAAAGCAAAAUAAAAAAAGAGGGAAGAACUCGUUGAGGGGAGAAUUUUUCUUUGGCUGCAUCUGAAUGGUUAGAAAUUAAGUCAUACAAUAUAUGAAAAGAGAACCCUUGAAUAAGUUGUUUCGUUUCGUUCUUGUGCAAUGUACAAAUUAAAUAAAUGUAAGUAUUACCCAACGUGCAGAGGAAAUGGUUUGAAAUUAGGAUACGAUCGGCAUAAAUGGAAAAUUGUUGCACAUUUCAUAAAUUUAUUUGUUGUUACUCAAUGCAAACAAAAAUUAGUCAAUCGUUGAAAAGUAAAAUCAUUAAGAAAUAUCGAAAAGAGCUCUGGGUCAAAUGUAUUUUCCAUCUAAUUACAAUAUUGAAUUUCUAUAAUUAUUCUGACGUUAUAAAAGUGUUUUUUCCAUCCAGAUUUCCAUGGUUUAUUUCCAUUUCUUUUUCAUAUUUUUUUUUAGGUUUGGGCCAUUUAAGAACUAUAAGCUUUUGUCUGGCUAAUUUCUGUCAAUACACCAAACUUUGCCAUAGAGCACAUAGAGCUAACCAAACAAAUGAAAAAUAAAGCAAAAUAAAUCCAAUCGUUACAGAAAAACAAAAAACUAUUGAUAGAAAUUAAAGUAAAAGGAAAAAAGUUUCAUUAAUCAAGCUAAGCAUUAAGCAAAAACUAAACAAGAUAACAGACAAAAAACAAUUGAAAUACAGCAUGAGUAUUCAUAUGCUAAACCAAACCAAAUCCCGUCAUGUUUUUUUCGAUUGCCAUGUAAAAUAUCAACAAAUACACAUUCAAUAUCUAUUCAUAUGAGAUUUUAUGCGAGUAAUUUCUCUUUAAAUUGUGCAGGCUACAGAAACGAAAAAAAAAACGAAUUCAAAUUAGAAUUCCAUUGUGUUUGAUGAGGCGUUUUAUGGUUAUUCGAUAUUUAUUGCAAAAAUGUUGUCAACUCUUGAUUAUCGUCAAUCAAAUGCACACACAAUUUUCUUUUGUGUCAUGUGAAAUUUUCAAGGUGUUUUCACUUCACUCUGCUCAAUGAAAUUUUCUCGAAAUUUAAAAUUUCAUCAACCAUUUCAAAUGGUGAAACAUUCUUGAAAUACCUAAAGUGUAAGACAACAAAAAAUGGAAAAACAUGAAAUAAAAACGAAAAGACCGCAUAAAACUGAAGUAAAUAUUGUAUAUGUAAAUGUGUAUUUAUAAAAUUAUAAUAUAAAGAAAAGCUAUAUAUAUAUAUAUAUACAUUAAAGAAACCUAGUUUAUUUAACACAGAAAACCGAAAAAACUGAUUCAACAAUGUUAUAAAAGCUAAACAAAAACGUAACAUUUGAAAGUAACCUUCAAUUAAAUAUGAGCCACACAGAAAUACGAUAAACAGAGAGCAAGAAAGGAAAAUAAACUGAAGUAAAACAGACAUCUUUUAAACGUGUAAGAAUUUAAAAUGUGCAAAAAACGAAUGAAUGAAUGAGACAACUGGAAAUAAAAGAAAAAACUGAAAAAAAGUAAACUAAAAGAAAACUAAAGCAUAUUAUGUCAAC